AUGUCUUCCUCUACCAAAAAGCAUGACGUAUUUCUUAGCUUUAGAGGAGAGGACAUACGCACCACCUUCGUUAGCCAUCUUCACAAUGCUCUGAAUAAAGCCAAACCAAUCAGAACAUUCAUAGAUUAUGAUAUUCCUAGAGGAAAAGAUGUUUGGCCAGCACUUAUCCGGGCAAUGAAGGACUCGCAUAUAUCGGUUGUUAUUUUCUCAGAAAAUUAUGCAACCUCUAAAUGGUGCUUGGAAGAACUCUACAAAAUACUCGAAUGCAGAAAAGAUCAUGGUCAAGUUGUCAUACCUGUUUUCUAUAAAACAAAUCCAUCACACGUAAGGCAUCAGAAGGGUAGUUACGAGAAAGCAUUCGCCAAACAUGAGCGAGAUUCUGGGGACAAAGGCAGCAAAUUAACAAGAUCAACAUCAAGAUCAGCAUCACUUUCAUCCCUAACAAGAGACAGCAAAUCCAACAAACAAAAAGUACUUAGGUGGAGAAAAGCUCUCACUGAAGCAGCCAAUAUAUCUGGAUGGGACUCUCGAAACCACAAGGAUGAGACUCAACUCAUCGAGAUCAUUGUGAAUGAUGUACUUCAAAAGCUGGACCUGAGGGAACCUAUAGAACAAAAAGGCAUUGUAAUUGAAAAAAACUGUAUAGAUGUCGAAUCAUAUAUGAAAGAAAAACAAAAAAUUGGAAUUUGGGGCAUGGGCGGAGUAGGUAAGACGACCAUUGCUAAAGUCUUGUUUGCCAAACUCUUCCCUCAAUAUGACAAUACCUGCUUUGUGGUGGCCAAUGCAAAAGAACAUUCCCUUGGUAAGCUUCACUUUGAGCUAUUCAAGGAAGAAAUUUCGACACCUAAUGUUGUAGGAUACUCAUUUGAUUUAAGGAGGCUCAGUGGUAAAAAAGUUUUCAUUGUACUUGAUGACGUGGAUAAUUCAAUUCUAAUUGAAUAUUUGUGUAGAGAGUACCAUUACUUAAGUCCCGAUAGUAGACUCAUUAUAACCACAAGAGACAGGAGAUUUCUUGAAAACAGAGUUGAUCUUAUAUAUGAGGUCAAGAAAUGGGAAGAUACAGAAUCUCUCGAGUUUUUUUGCUCAAAAGCCUUCGAACAAAGCAAACCCCAAAUUGGUUUCGAGUUUCUCUCAGAAAGGGCAGUUGCUUAUGCAGAGGGAGUUCCAUUAGCUCUUGAUGUUUUGGGUUCAAAUCUUCGUUCCAAAAGUACUAAGUUUUGGGAGAGUACUCUCAGAAAACUCAACAAUUAUCCUGAUGAGAAAAUUCAAGGCUUGUUAAGAGUCAGCUAUGAUGAUGGAUUAGAUCCUCUACAGAAGAAGAUUUUUCGAGACAUAGCAUUUUUUUUCCAAGGAGAAGAGAAAGAUCACGUCCAAUCAGUUCUAGAUGCAUGUGGUUUCGAAGCAAGUAGCGGAAUAGAAGUCCUUGAAGACAAAGCUUUGAUAACUAUUUCAAAUGGCAAUGGAAUACAAAUGCAUAACUUGCUACAAAUAAUGGGUUUGGCAAUAGUACGUAGAGAAGAUGAAAAUAAUCCUGGAAGACGUAGCCGAUUGAGGGACAAUGAAGCUCGUGAAGUAAUUGAGAAAAACAAGGGGACUGAUGCAAUUCAAGGCAUAACAUUAGAUUUGUCUCAAAUUAAAGAUUUUCGUUUGCCUACUGACACAUUCACAAAGAUGGAAUCCUUAAGAUUUCUUAAAUUAUAUACUCCUUCAGGUCAGAGUUGUUCUAGUGAUACAUACAUCGACCUUCCUGCAGUUCUUGAGCCAUUUUCUGACAAACUGAGGUAUGUUGAGUGGACGGGGUACCCAUUUGAGUCUCUUCCAUCACCUUUUUGUGCUAAGUUGCUUGUUGAGAUUCGCAUGCCACACAGUAAUGUUAAACAACUUUGGCAGGGGACGCAGGAACUUGAUAAUUUGGAGGGAAUCGACCUAAGUGAAUGCAAAAAGUUUGAAAACCUUCCAGAUUUGUCUAAGGCUUCAAGACUAAAAUGGGUGAAUCUCUCCGGUUGUGAGAGUUUGUAUGAUCUUCAUGAUUCUGUUUUAUCGGCCGAUACAUUUGUUACUUUGUUACUGGAUAAGUGUACAAGGCUUAAGAGUGUUAAAGGAAAGAAGCAUUUAAAAUCUCUAAAGACGAUCAGUGUCAUUGGCUGCUCAAGCCUGGAGGAAUUUGCAGUGUCUUCAGAAUUACUAGAAAACUUGGAUUUAAGCAAUACAGGAAUCCAAAGAUUGGACACAUCAAUUGGGCUUCUAAAGAAUCUUAAAUGGCUUUAUCUAGAUGGUUUAAGACUGGGGCAUCUUCCAAAGGAGUUAUCUUGCCUGAAAUGUCUUAGGGAGUUGAAGCUUUCUGACAGUGGACUUGUUAUUGACAAACAGCAGCUACAUGAUUUGUUUGAUGGCUUACAGUUUCUACAAAUACUACAUUUGAAGGAGUGUAGUUGCUUGUUUGAACUCCCUGACAACAUCAGUAUCUUAUCAAAAACAUUACAGGAAUUAAGGCUAGAUGGAAGCAAUGUGACAAAGUUGCCUGAAAGCAUCAAGGAUCUUCAAGAGCUUGAAAUUCUGUCCUUGGAAAAUUGCAGGGAGCUUCCGUGCCUACCAGAGCUUCCACCCCACAUCAAACAGCUAUAUGUCGUUGACUGCAAGUCAUUGGUGUCCGUGUCAAAUUUGAAGACUUUGGCAAAAAAGAUGUUAGGAAAGGCUAAACACAUUUCAUUCAAGAACAGCUUGAAAUUGGAUGGACAUUCACUCAAAUGUAUUGAGGAAAGCCUCCAUUUAACAAUGAUGUGUGCAGCAUUUCAAAAUGUGAUAGUGAGAAAUUCCCAUGAGGUCGUCCUCAGCUUCAAUUAUAACAGUGUUGAGGUUUGUUUACCAGGAAGCGGAGUCCCAAUUCAGGUCAAUUACACAACAGAAGAGUCCUCAAUUACCAUUAAUAUUCCUAACCGUUCCAACUUGUUGGGCUUCAUUUACUAUGUGGUUCUUUCUCCUUUCUGUGGAAUGAAGAAACAUGGCACUAAAUUAAAAUGUGAAUGCCCCUUGGCAGAAGGUACAAAGGUUACAUGGCUAAAGAUUGAUAUCACAGAAUUGGACUCUGAUCAUGUUUGUGUAUGGUAUGAUCCAUUCCAUUGUGACAGCAUUCUUAAUUCUAAUGAACAAAAGGUUCGUUUUGACUUCUGUGUUGCAAAUGAUAAGGGGGAAGUUGAUGGUUCCAUCCGUGUUAAAGAGUGUCGGGUACACCUCAUAAGUGUGUCAGAAUUACCCAGUGUUUUACCGGAACUGGACUUGGAUUCUUAUAAGAAAAUGGACUUGCAGAAGGGAUUGGAGUUGGAAUCAGGAUAUAGCAUAACCUUCACAUCAAUUGAAAGACCUGAUGUCACAGAAACAAAGUCAGCGCCGGUUGAAGAAGAUAGUGGGAGGAAAGACCAUUUUUUUGAUGUGGAAAGGAGCUUCGGAUCCACUCACAAGGAAACCAAGACCAGUGCAGGAAGAGGUCUCAUGGAGAAUACCAUAGAAUCUACCAAAUUUGUCAAAAGCAAAGGUACUGAAGUAACGCACACUGAAUCUGCUGCUGGAUUGCAUCUACAUGUGGUGUUCGAUGACCAAGAAAGUGCUUCUUAUUUUUUGGAAGAAAAUGCUUCUAAGGAUAAGUCAAGCGAAAACAACUCUUAUUGGAAAGAUAAUAUUGAAGAGGCCAAGCAUCCAAAAGUAGAAAAUGAUCAAAAUCUACAAGGAGGACAAAACAUUGUUCAUUUGAUUGUUAAGGAAAAAGAGAAUGAACCAACAACGGAUGUUGACAAACCUGAAAGUCAAGAUAGCUCAGAUGAGGACCCCUUUGCUGAACUUGAUACCAUCCUCUUGGAAAUGAGUGGAAAGUUCUCAGCAAAAGCAAUCACUUCUUCUACAACCGAUGUUGUUGCUAUAAGAGAAGCUUUGCAUAAUCUUGAAUGCCUAAUGCAAGACUCGCUCGAGUCCAUUCUCGGGGACAUGGAACUACAACAACAAUUACGUGUAUCUUUGCAAUGCAUAGAACAAGGAUCCGAUAUUGAAAAAGUUUCUCCACAUGUUGCGAAACUUGUUGGAAGCAUGACAUCCUCUAUUGAGGAUCUGUUCAAUGACUUUACCUCGACUCAACAAGUAGUCGAAGAUCACAAUGUCCGUUUGAAAAAAAGAAAAAAGCUUGAGCAGAUAGGGACAGAUGGUAAGAAACGGAGGGAUAUAGUGAAAGAAGAAAUGAGUAAAUGUAAGUUUGAAACCCAAGGUCUCGACAAAGAGGCUAAAAAGCUGGAUGAAGAGAUUCGAAUUCUUGUUGAACAGAGGGAAACUGUUGAGUUGAAAAGAACCAAGUUGAAGGAGACCCUGGAAAUAUUUGAUUGUGAAAAGAAGAAGCUGAAUGAUGAAGCAAAGAAUUGGGUCACUGAAAGCAAAGAGCUGAAGUUGGCCAUUGAGAAAUCUGAAUCCUCAUACGCUGAUGCCCUGUCUGAGCGGAAGAAACUGAAUGAUAGAUGGGAAGGUUUCAAAACAGCUUUUGCAGAGCUGUGAAAAAACACUGGUAGCUCCCUAGACUUUGUUAGAAAUAUUCAACUGUGAGAAGUGGUAAAAGUCCCACAUAGGUUAUAAAUGAACAAAGUGAGGAUCAUGUAAGAGCAAAAAGACACAAA